AUGGCAGUGCAGUGGAGCAGGCCUCCACGAAGCCAGGGCCGAAGCCUGAAAUCUUCCUGGUGCUUUGGCUCGAGGAGGCGCUACGGCGUUUGUUGCAGGCUUCCUGGGGCUCUGAUCUGCCGGGACCUUACAGCAUUUGGUUUCAAAAGUCAGAACCUACACGACCUGCGACUGCCAGUGGCUGGCAACAUCAUUUGGCUUGUGAUUCCAUGUGAUUCCAGUUAUGACAAGUAUAUAUUCUGUAUAUAUGAUUAUAUAUAG